AAUACCACAAUUUUAUAAAAGUGCAGUAGUCACUUAUCUUCGUCGAGCAUUUAUUUUGCCCCUACAUACGACCUACAGCACCUCCUAGUUCCUUCUGGCAAUGGGUGAAAUAUCUGUUAUUCGUCAGGCUGCGGAAGCCGUGGAGGUACCGUACAAGGUUACUCAAGUGCUGGAUUGUGAUGAAGCAGUCAGACUUGACCAAAUCAUUGGCCAGCUCGAUAUACCAAUUAGGUACCUUAAGGAUGUCGCUCAGGCAUUUUAUGCUGAGUUGGUUAACGGUCUUAUGGCUCACAGAAGGCACCGUAACUUAUGGUUACCUAAUGAGUGUAGCUUCAAGAUGUUAGAUUCCUAUAUUACUCAUUUGCCAACUGGUAAUGAGAAGGGUUGUUACUAUGCUAUAGAUUUCGGUGGAUCUAACUUGAGAGCCGUCCGUAUCAAUGUUACUGGUACUGGUACUAUGGAGAGAAUGCAGUCAACAUUUAGUUUGAGGCAUGCCACUGCCCUUCGACCAAAGGGUUUGCUUGACCGUACUGCAACUGCUACUGAGCUUUUCGACCAUUUUGCGAAGAACAUUGGCAAUCUUAUGGAAGAGGCUGGUGAUGUAUCAGAUCCCGGUCAUAUUUACCCUGUUGGCUUUACCUUUUCAUUCCCGUGCACUAUGUUAUCAAGGCGCAAUGCCAUUCUUCUUGACUGGACUAAGGGUUUUGAGACUGGUCGUGACACAACUGAGCAGGUUGAGGGUCGUGACAUUGGUAUGCUUAUGGACGAGGCCUUCAAGCGCAACCAUGUUAACGCCAGGGUGUCCAUUAUUCUCAACGACACUGUAGGAACUCUUAUGUCAGUUGCUUAUCAGAAGCCUCCUGGUUACCCUGAAUGCCGUAUGGGUCUCAUUCUUGGUACUGGUUUCAAUAUAUGUUAUGUUGAGCAUGAUUACCUUCACUACGGUUACAUUGGUAAGGUUGUCAACAUUGAGUGUGGUAACUUCGACAAGCUGUUACCUACUACUCCAGUGGACUUUGAGAUUGAUUGGUACACGUCCAACAGUGGCAGGGGUAUGAUGGAGAAGCUCAUUGCUGGAGCCUACCUUGGUGACAUCAUUAGGAGGAACAUGCUUCUAUAUCUACGCGAGAAAGCACCCGCUAAAAUGUGGAACAUUGGCACUUUCACUUCUAUUGAUGCAGCUGAGAUAUUAAACGACCAGUCUGAAACCUUUGAGAAGGCUAAGGAGAUCGUUAAGGAGAACUGGGAUGCUGUAUUGGAGCAUCACCAUUUGGCAGGUCUUAGGAGAAUCUGUGAGGCUGCAUUCUCAAGGUCUGCUGGUCUUGCUGCUGCUGCCAUCACUGCUACUGCUCGCAAGACGAGGUCUUAUGUCACCAACAAGACCACGUGUGCUGUUGAUGGAUCACUGUAUGUUAAGAACCAGUGGUACAGGGACAGGCUUGCUUACUACCUUGAGAAGGUCAGCAGGUCUGACCUUAUAGGAUCAGUUGUGAUGUAUGCCUGUGAUGAUGGAUCAGGCAAGGGUGCUGCGAUUGCUGCUGCCAUGAUGGCGGAGGACUGAGUACACACUGGAUUCUAUAUGUUCAUUUUUUGUUAAAAAAAGAAAGUAAAAAUUACUUCAAAAUAUUAUUAGGAGG